AUGGAGAUCUUCUACUUCCUCGUCUUCGGAGGUCUGGCCUCCAUCGUCGCCGUGCUCGAAUUCAGCAAAAGCAGCAAAGAUCGCGUCAACACUUCCACUCCUUUCAAUUCCUUCAAGAACAACUACCUUGUCGUCUACUCUCUCAUGAUGGCUGGAGAUUGGUUGCAGGGUCCGUAUGUCUACUACUUGUACAGUCAGUAUGGUUAUUCGAAGGGAGAUAUAGGGCAGCUCUUCAUUGCUGGUUUUGGAUCCUCCAUGCUUUUCGGGACCAUUGUUGGCUCUCUUGCAGACAAACAGGGCCGCAAGAGGGCGUGUGUCACUUACUGCAUCACAUACAUCUUGAGUUGCAUCACCAAGCAUUCUCCUCAGUACAAGGUUUUAAUGCUUGGUCGUAUACUGGGAGGCAUUGCUACUUCUCUGCUUUUCUCAGCCUUCGAGUCUUGGCUUGUUGCUGAACACUUUAAGAGAGGCUUUGAUCAACAGUGGCUCUCCGUUACAUUCUCCAAGGCCAUAUUUCUUGGCAAUGGUUUAGUUGCUAUUAUAUCUGGAUUGUUUGGAAAUGUACUAGUCGACACCCUGGCACUUGGGCCUGUUGCUCCAUUUGAUGCUGCUGCAUGCUUUCUUGCAAUUGGUAUGGCUGUUAUCAUGUCGUCGUGGCCAGAAAAUUAUGGAGACCCUUCAGAAAACAAGGAUUUGAUGUCACAAUUCAAAGCUGCAGCUGUAGCCAUUGCUUCCGAUGAGAAGAUUGCAUUGUUGGGCGCUAUCCAAUCCCUAUUUGAAGGUUCAAUGUACACCUUUGUGUUCUUGUGGACUCCUGCUCUCAGCCCGAGCGGUGAGGAAAUUCCUCAUGGUUUCAUUUUUGCAACGUUCAUGCUCGCUUCAAUGUUGGGAAGUUCCAUUGCCUCCCGCCUGCUUGCUCGUUCAUCCCCAAGAGUUGAGAGUUACAUGCAGAUAGUGUUCUUAAUCUCUGCAGCUGCCCUUAUGCUUCCUGUGAUAACAAGUUUCUUGGUGGCACCUUCUGGAGUUAAGGGUGGAGGAAUCUCCUUUUCUGGGUGCAUCCAGCUUAUGGGAUUCUGUGCAUUUGAGGCCUGUGUCGGAUUAUUCUGGCCCUCAAUCAUGAAAAUGAGAUCCCAAUACAUCCCAGAGGAGGCUAGGAGCACCAUCAUGAAUUUCUUCCGAAUUCCUCUCAACAUUUUCGUUUGUGUUGUGCUGUACAAUGUUAAUGCAUUCCCGAUCAUUGUCAUGUUUGGCAUGUGCUCUAUUUUCCUCUUUGUGGCUUCUCUUCUUCAACGUAGGCUGAUGUUUAUUGCCGAGCUGCAAAAACCAAAAUCACAAGAUUGGACAACAAUGAGAGAGUUGGGUACAGAGGAAGAGCCUUUAAACGCUUGA